CUGUUCGGCAACGGUGCGCCGAUACGUGCGGCUUUUUAACCGGAAAGACACGCGAAGGUUGACUCGUUCGCGUGCGUGCGUGCGUGCGUAGGAGAUGCAGCAUCGCUGUUGGACCUGAGACCACCACGCCGGCUGCGAAAGUCCGUGGGUCCGCAUCCGAAAUCGAUCACGAACAAGUAAGGGUCACUCGUGUAAGGAUCACCCCGCGCCGUCAUCCUCGUACUACCGUUAAAAACAAGCGAAGCACGAGAGAGAGAGAGAGGGAGAGACUGUUGAGUCGGGUCUAACACAAGAAAAGAAAGAGCGAGCAAAGAUCGAGAGACAGAGACCGAAAAGACCGGGGGAGAAUCGUAAGGAAACGGAGUCGCUCGAACGAGAGUGAAGGAGUGGAAACAGAGGGAGAGACAGAAACGUGAAAAAACGUAUACACACAUUUACACGCAUAAAAUAACAUCGCGUGUUUUCGUUGGUACUAUUUUUUUUUACAUAUCCUCGCGCUGUUCUUCAUAAAAUUUCAAGAGUGGGAAGGAGCCAGGAGGGAAAACAGGAAAGUGAUGCGCGCGCGCUCUUCUACCGCCGCUUCAGUAACUUGAAUCGAUAUAUAGCCGUGAAAAAAUAUUCGAAAAGAGAUUAACAGACGGUACACACACACAUAUACACAUUCAACUACGGUUAAUUGGCAUACGAGAGAAAACAAGGGAGUGAGACGGAGAAAGGUAGAAAGAGAGGGAUCACUUACAACACCAAGAGAAACGCGCCAUAAUUGAGAGCGAGAGAAGAAACAUGGCCAUGGUCCCGGCAUGUUCCGUUUCGAUGUAUCGUCUGCUGAACGUUGCGCUCCUCACGCUCCUCGUCGUUCUGCAAAGUUCUGCCACUGUCGCGGAUAAGCCGGGCACGACGAAACCGAACCCGUGCUCAAGUGAGAUAUACUGCUACGGUGAGCUGCUGCAUACGAUACAGAUGGCCGGCCUAUACAAGGAUUCCAAGUACUUCGUCGACAUGAAGAUGAAGCGGCCGUCGAACGAGACCCUGACGUCGUUCGACACCUUCAUGAGCAGCCUGCACAACAAGCCGCCCACCAAGCGCCAGGUCGAGCAGUUUGUCAACGAAACGUUCGAGCUGCCGGGCUCCGAGUUCGAGGAGUGGGACCCGACCGACUGGAAAGCCGAGCCUGCGUUCCUGCGCAAGAUCGAAGACCACGAUCUCAGACAAUUCGGCUACGAGCUCAAUAGCAUCUGGAAGAUGCUGGGCAGGAAAAUGAAGGAGGAUGUGCGGAUCAACGAGCAGCUCUACUCGAUCAUCUACGUGCCGAACCCAGUGAUCGUGCCCGGCGGCAGGUUCCGCGAGUUCUAUUACUGGGACUCGUACUGGAUCGUCAAGGGCCUCCUGCUGUCGGAGAUGCGCACCACCGUCAAGGGCAUGCUGAACAACUUUGUGUCGAUCGUCGACAAGAUCGGCUUCAUACCGAACGGCGGCAGGAUCUACUACAAGAUGCGCUCGCAGCCGCCGCUGCUGAUAUCGAUGGUUCACGAGUACCUGAAGAAUACCCACGAUCAUGAAUGGCUUAAACAGAAUCUCUGGUUGUUGGAGAAGGAGUUCGAUUUCUGGAUGACGAAUCGCACGGUGAACGUCGAGAAGGAUGGCGUCAACUACACCUUGGCGAGGUACUACGAGGAAUCGUCCGGCCCACGACCGGAGUCUUACAAGGAGGACUUUCUGACAAGCCAGAGUUUCCGAACCGCCGAAGAGAAGGACAAUUAUUACUCGGAACUGAAAACAGCGGCUGAGUCCGGCUGGGACUUUUCCAGUCGGUGGUUCGUGCACGAGGGCACCAACAAGGGUAAUCUGACGAACCUCAAGACCAGGUCUAUCAUCCCGGUCGACCUGAACACUAUAAUAUACCGGAACGCCCGGCUGUUGGCCAAGUAUAACCGUCAGAUGGGCAACGAGACGAAGGCCGCGUAUUACGACGACAUAGCCGAGAAGUGGAAGGAGGCGGUCACGAUCGUGUUGUGGCACGAGGAAGUGGGCGCCUGGCUGGACUACGAUAUCCUGAACGACAUCAAGCGCGACUACUUCUACCCGACCAACAUCUUGCCAUUCUGGGCCGACUGCUACGACACGUCGAAGAAGGCGGACUAUGUGUCGAAGGUGCUUAAGUACCUGGAGAAGAGCGAGAUCAUGCUGAACGACGGCGGCAUACCGACUACGCUGGAGCACUCCGGCGAACAAUGGGACUAUCCCAACGCCUGGCCGCCGCUCCAGUAUUUCUUCAUCAUGUCGUUAGACAACACGGGCGACGCGUGGGCACAACGGCUGGCCUACGAGAUCAGCGAGAGAUGGGUCCGCAGCAACUACAAGGCUUUCAACGAGACGCACAAUAUGUACGAAAAGUACGACGCGACCGUCUCGGGUGGGCACGGUACUGGGGGUGAAUACGAAGUUCAGCUUGGUUUCGGCUGGUCGAACGGAGUCAUUAUGGAUUUGCUGAAUAAAUAUGGUGACAGGUUGACCGCGGAGGAUUUGUUCAAGCCCGGCGACGUAGUCGAGAACGCGGCACCACCGCAGGUUGUCGUCUCGACAGCCGGUAAGAUGCUGACCGGCAUUUUAACUAUCAUCAUAUCAUUAGCGGCAGGAUUUAUAGGAAUGGUGGUUUACAAGAGACGGCAGUACUACGCACCCGGUCCCGGACCGAGCAGAACGAAUUACAACUUGCCGAGCGGCAGCUGUUCCUGCAGCCUAUUCCGCAAGCGGAUCGCCUACACCGAACUAAAGGACAUGAACAACGAUUGAUGAUCGCUCGUUGUCUAGACAAUCGAUUCGCUUAAUUGACUAGUGAAAGAAGGUGGUAACACGCGUGCGCUUGCGCAAGCGCGCGUGCGAACAGACGGACGGAUGGACGUGUCGCAGGACGACGCCAGCAGGACGGACCGAGCCAGGAUGUAGCGUAACGUCGCCGGUGUGAUCGCCGAGCGUGAACAGGAUACAGCUGCCUCGAGGAUGGAGAAGAACGAGACUGACUGGUGCGAAGAUCGCGGCUGAAGAUCAUCAAGGUGGAAGAUCAAGGUGGGAAGAGGAGGAGGAGGAGAAGAAGGCGUGCAGGUGUUCAGCCAGGGGAAUGGCACGUCACGACAGCGCGUCGCAUCGCCUCGACAAGGUUCCCCGGCCUGCAAGCACGAGAAGCGCUUUCGGUCGGAACGCUCGCUCGCUCGCUCGACCACCGAUGACCGCAUGACCGCGCCUUGAAGAGGAAAGUAUGACCAAAGAAAAGUCUCUGAGAGUCGCUGCCUCCGUCUGGCCUAAUGAUGUUCGUUGCGUUCGCGAAACAAUGCGAUUUAGAGCAAGAUAGAGAUAACGAGCGACAGAUGAGGAAAGAUGCGCCGGAAGUAGGUGUGAACGUGGGAUGAAAGAAGUUAGCACGUGUUUCCGCCAACGGAGAGCGAUCUUGCAGGAUCUAGUUCGAGUUUGUAGCGUUAAAUGUUGCGAACGGUGGGCUAAAGAAAUAUAGGCCGAUGUUCAUCGCCGGAUCUUAAGGUCGUCUUAAGAUGAACUUAAGUUCAUUUUUAGAUUUAUCUUUAGAUUUGCUUUAUAGCCAAUAAAAUUUGCCGUAUAGCGUCUAAAGAUGAACCUAAGAUUUUCAGUAUAAAAUUUGACCAUGAAUACACCGUCUAUGCAUCACUCAUCGCGUCGCCCGAACAAUCAAAAGUAGGAGAUUCAAAGUUUUCUCAAGCACAGGGCAGGGGAGGGCAGGUUAUUGAUGAAAAUAAAUAAAAACAACGGCGGAAAAGUCGACGGACUCUGCAAUUUGCGGAUAUCGGUGACUAAGAAGGAAAAAUAGUACGUGCGUAUGUAUUUGUGUAUAUGUAUGUAUGUGUGCGAUUUGUACAGGAGAAAUUAUGCCGGAUAUUUUGCAGGAUAUCGUGUGAAAUAGUUGCUAUGAAUAAGUAAAUAUAAAUAAAUAUAUGUAUUUAUAUUUAUUUAUACAUUGAAUAAAUAAAUAAAUAUAUAUAUAUAUAUAAUUGUUAUAAUCGUAGAUAAUUGACGAUACUAAACAGAUAAAUUAUUGACGAGAAUGUUGUAUUUUUGCUGAUAUUUUUAUAAACGAGUACAUGUACGAUUAUUAGCAUUACUGCGAUUGCACCGAGCGUCCGUACAUCGAUACGCCGCAUAUGACAAUUUUUAAUCACCGUUUUCGGAUCAUCAUCGUCCCGCCGUCGAGAUCACAACUUGUAAGUCGAUUGAAAGUUCCUUUUGCCGAACCUUCGAGAGAGCUUUCAUGCGCGCUCAAAUAGUUUUACUCGCCGACCGGAGGAAUAGCUAUGAUUUUUUGCGAUUUAUUUAUGUUUUAUUAAUAAAAGUCUUAUUUAACUUUCAAAUGAGGCUUCUCAGAAUAGAGAACAAAUACUCGUCCCCCGAAGACGAGAGAGAUAGAGACACCGGAAGAGCGACGAAUGUGUAUCUCUAAUUUGCAUUUGCACACCGCUCUCUUUUCGUCGUUACGCGUUAUCUCCUCCGCGAGAUAGAGAGGAGGAAUGGCCAUUUUAUCAUAAAUAACAUACUAGCGCCAUGCUCUAUGCUGUGAUUCUUGCUCUUAUUGCCGUCUGCCGUAUUUUUAGUCCAUGACGGCCGCACGUGCGUGUGGAUCACAGCGAGAGCGCAAGUGCCUAGGGAUAAACCGAUAGACCGCGCGAACCUCGGGCGAAAGAAUGUUGCGCAACGAUCGAUUGGCCGAUCGUAGGAGACGACGAAUCGUCUAUUGAUAGUUGCGGUUACUAAUUACCGUAAUGAUCAACGUCGAAUGCCGAGCAAGAUUUAGGUUUUAACUUCAUUUUAUUAGUAUUAUUAAUAUUAUUAUUAUUAUUGUUAUUAUUGUUAAUAUUAUUAUUAUACAUACAUAUAUAUAUAUAUAUUUUUUUUUUUUUUUUUUAAGAAGACAGCUUGUUGAAUCGCCAAGCGUCUCGAUUGACUCCCCGUUUAAGUAGCAACGACGAUAGUCAGCGAAGGAUAACAAUCGUGGAACUCUAAUUAGUCGCAAAUAUCCGUCGUAGAUAGUCACAUUCUUUAUCUUCCUUUUGUGAAUUUUACAAUCGGGUAAAUUUCAGUACCAUCGAACCGUCGGACGUCGUUCGUUACAUCGAGUCGGUUUGCAAUGGUUGGUUUUAACUUGGUUUUAACCAGGAUCCUUCGCGUCUAUACAUGGUUGUGCGAAUCGUGAAAAUAAUAUCGAUGCACGAAUCGUCAGCUCUCAUAAUCACUUCAACUAGGUGUCAAACAAUAUUUGUUGCAUUGUUUGAAGAUUUAUUGUAUUUUAUCCAAGAUUAUUAUUAUUAUUAUUAUUAUUAUUAUUAUUGUUGUGAAAGUUCUCGGAAGUGGACUCGAUGCGACGGAAUGCUCGAAAUCGCCCAUUCGCGACGUCACGGUGAAUUUCGAGCUAUUCUCCUCGCAAUCGUUUUAAAACCGAGACGAGAAAAGCCAUACAUGAGGAGACACGGUUGCGUAAAGCAACGCGAUUUUACACAAAUACCGAUUAUAUUUGCGCGACUAGACAACGCGAAAACAACGUGCCGUUGAAGCUUGCACGAGGAGAAUCGCGUGGCGUUAAUAUAAUCGCUGUUCGUGUAACGAGGAUCGAAUCGCGAGGAUCCGAAAGAAUGUCUCUUGGAGAGACGCGCUACCUCAAGAAGGAGCGUUCCUAGAUUCUAAUGUGCGUAGACGUGUGCGGAGGAAGAGCGGCGAUCUCGUUCGUUGACGAAAGCAGUAUUAACAGAGCACGCGCGGAUAAGUGAAAUCCCGUCGGAGACACAUGUGUCAUUGAUAUCACGGGAAACGAUGCCAGAAAUGCACCGCGCCCGGGUUACUGCACUGCGAUUUGCGCGUUUAAGGGCUCAGACGCAGUAAGAAAAAUAAGAAACGAGAAAUUAAAUUUCGACGUAGACAGCCAUGCUUGAAUCUACAGAAAAGGAACAGGAAACAAGUUAGGUACAUUGUCGAAAUUCUAUUCCUUCUAACCUGUGUGCUUAUGAGGCUUCGUAGUUGACUGAAAGUCAACCUUCAAAAUGUUUGAUGACUAUCAAUAUACAAGUGAAAAUCAGUUUGAAUCAAUCGAUAAUAUUAAUCAAUAAUUAUCGAGAAAAUGAUCAAAGUGUCAAUGAUGACAGUAGAGGUUCUUUAGAAAACAAGAAAAGUGGUGAUCUCGUUUCAAAGUAUUAUUUUAUCUUAUUAUUUAUUCUUUUUAUUGUUAUAGACAUAUAAAAUAGUCUGAGCACUCCCAUUGGAGGGGAGUGCUCAGUCACUAUGACCACUCUUGCGUUUUCCCUAUAUUACCCUCUCCUACAGUAUCUUGUGACAGAAAACAUCACUGUCAAUAUUUCUGUUCUUUCAUCUUGGCUCUCCAAGAGGAAAUGCUCAAUCUAUUCUAUAUGUCUGUCUUAUUGUGUUUCAAACUAUAGCUUAUUCUCAAUAUCUUAUUCCUAAUUCCUUUUAAUUCCUUAUUCCGUAUUCCUUUUACUGUGUCUGAGCUCUGAUAGUAAAUAUUAUAUUUUUUAGUGAAUAUUAGUCCUCUUAUGUAAGGAAGAUCCACUGACGGAACGUUGUGCUGCAAUUUCUCGCGCCCGUGACACAAAGCUCGGAUGCACCGAACGUGAUAUAUAUAUAUAUAUAUAUAUAUAUAUACACGUAUAUAAAAUAAAUUGUAGUCUAAUAUUUCUCGUGACCUGCGGUAAGCUUAAACGCGAUAGUCGAAAAUUUUCAGGGUUUCAUAAAGUUUAAUAAAUAAAAUAUGCUUGCUGAGGCGACCGUUCCACCCGAAUCUUGUCAGAUUUUCUCGAGAUGAGAAGAGACCAUAUUGAUUGAGACCUUUAGAUGACAAACUGAUUGAUUCCACUUUUCAUUAAUUUCUCAAUCGAGAAACCAGCAAAGAGCGAAUCAAUUUGGUACCCGAGAGACUCGGUUAUCCGUAAUUUGUACGCUGCGGGAAUAAAAAUGUCAGUCGCGCUAUUAAUAUGAGCGAUCGAUAAGUAGCGAUCGAAAAAACCAACACACCGAUUGUAGAUAGUAUAUAUAUACAUGUAUAAAUAUAUACGAUACGUACAUACACAUACACUUCGAUAAUUGUGAUACUUGGAAGUAAGUAGGUACGUUCACUCGCUGUUCCCCACGUUGCAUCGAGUCUUUCCUUUUGAUUUCCGUGUCACCUUGGUCCGGUGGACACCACGGAACCUCCCUCCGACCCGUUUUCCGUCCGACGCGAAAACCGGUCGACGGCGCGCGCCACGAUAGUUAGAGAAUAAUUUAUUGAGCAUUCUGUACAAAGAUCACACUCUCUCCGCCUACGAUCCUCUCUUACGCUCAUCUCCUCCUCAUAGAAAGAGAAAAAUAAACAAUGUGUAUGUGUGUGUAUAUAUAUAUAUAUAUAUAUAUGUAUAUAUAUAUAUAUAUAUAAUGUAUAUAUACACAUUUAUGUAUAAAUACAUAAUAAUAUAUUUAUGUAUGAUUAUACAUGCGUUCAGUGCCUUCAUCAAUGUUACGAAUCGUCUUUUAGCGCGCGCGAAUUAGUGCGUAGAUUACACUAAGAACUCGCACCCCCUUCCCUUCCUCCCACCCUCCCUCCCUAUCUCUCUCUGGCUUCGUCCCUAUGGGCGUGAACCCGUGGGGAGGAGAUCACGUUUGAUGACGCGAGGUAAGUGACGCUACCGUUGCGCCCAACGCACUGUUCGUUGCCGCGCGAAUAAAAAUGAUAACACACGUGAUAUAUAUGUGUGUGUGUGUGUAUAUAUAUAUAUGUGUGUAUAUAUAUAUGUAUGUAUGUAUUAGAUAGAUAUAUACUUGUAGAUGAUUAUUUGUAUUUGUACACAAUACUAUAUAUAACAACAAGGAAAAAUACUGAAUGAGAAACAGAUGCCUUAUUUGGUGUAUCACACGGGCGCAAGCCAGAAAACCAUGUCGCAAUAUAUAGAGCAUCUAUUUGGUUGACUAUACAAUUUAAUACUCGUUGCUAGCGGGGAAAAAACUCGACUACGUUACACUACUUAAAUGAAACGUCACCUCUCGCGCGGUUUCUUUAAACGUAUUACACUUUACGAGUACGUGUGUACCCACGUUACACAAAUAUAAGUGGAAUAUUACAGACUAUAUACUUUAUACAAUACUUGUCGAAUUUCUCUCUCUCUCUCUCUCUCUCUCUCUCUCACUCACUCUCUCUCGCACGCACGCACGAUGAGCGGGUGGUGCCCCGUUUCUCGCGUGUCUCAGACUCACUCGUUAUCGGACGAGUCGUAACUCGUGGAAGGAAUCGCGAUCUACGAUUAAUUAAGUAGGUAGAUAGAUAGAUAGUAAAGUAAUAGUAGUAGAGUGGUAGUACUGGCUCUUUGUCUUGUGCGAAUUUUAUGCGCGAUUCAAAUUUUCCUUGCAAUAUAUAAGUCAUAGAAAAAUAUAGAUUAUAUAUCGCGAAAGGUUUACUCCCGAUAAUAAUAUCCGCCCUAGGGGCGCCUAACCUGCAACUUUUAACGACGAUGUCGUUAUCUUUGAGCCACUUUCAUGUCAUUUUUCAUAUUGCACCUGCGUAAUAUAACGAUACUGCCGUUGAAAGUUACAGAAUGAGUCCACCGGUGCGGUGUACUUUCAUUUAAGGACUUUCGUUCAAAUUCCCAUACUUUCGUCAAUCACUAUCGCACGUUAUUGUUCAAACUUGUUCUCAACGAAUAGCAUUCUCUCCUCUCUUUCUGUCUCCCCUUUACUUGAGGCAGCCUAAGGGUCCCCGCACGGAAUCGUUCGUAUCACGUCACUAUGUUAACCCUUUGACUGCUAUGGGCGCAUAUAUACGUCCAGCGAAAACCAUCGGUGUGGCCUAUGGGCGCAUAUGUGCGUCCGGCGCAAGCCAUCGAUGUAGAUUAUGGACGCAAAUGCGCGCUCGGUGAAGGCUUUGGCUAUUUACUGCUGUCUCAUGUCUCGCAAAAACCUCAUACCUCGUUGCUUAGCAACGAGAAAACAUGAAAGCUUGUUUAUUUGGUCAGUCAUUCUCUGUCUUAAUUAAAUUGUGUACUAUAUUAUAAUGUGUUAAUACGCCGCCGAUAAGAUCCAUAUUGCGCGCAAAAGUAUUCAGUCCCCAGCGAUCGCUACUGCCGGCCGCACGCCGCUCACGCGAAGCGCUUCAACUUAGAGCAGUUAGCAGUCAAAGGGUUAAAUAUAAGCCGUGAACGUAAGUGUGAUUACACGUGAUCAGGAAUAUCAUCUAUAAAUUAAGAGUACGUGAAAUAUUUUACAUAAUAAAAGAAAAUUAUCAGAAUAACGAUUUGUUUUAUUUUGAAUAUUAUUCCUCCAAUAUUAUAAAUAAAAGAAUUAAUUUUUUAUUAGAUCAAAAUAUGACUGAAUAGAAAAUAGUUAUUUGAGGGGAAAAGAAGUUACAUACGAUUAUUUCGCAAUAUAACUAAAUGAAAACGAAAAAAAAAAAACUGUUAUAGAAAAAGUAAUAAAAAUUCACAAGAUACUAAUUUAUCAACCUAAAUAUUUUUUUGGUAAUUUAUAAAAUAUUUAAUAUACUUGUUAUAGAUGACGAUACUCCUCUGAUCAUGAUGCUUAAGAUUUUCUUUGUACAUUGAUCUAAAUUUACGGCCAGUACUUAACGAAACGCGUUGCGGACGUUUCUAUGCGGUGGUCCUCGAGAUUUGUCGCUUCGUGGACUUGAGAAACGCACGUAUAUCAAACUAAUCGGCAAUUCGUAUGAGUUUAGAAACUAACACGGGCAUCAUGUUACAUACGGGAAGGUUAAUUAGUCUAAACGUUACAUCAUAAUGACGCGUCCACAUUCAAACACGUUCGAUUUUAUCGAACAAAACAGAACGGCGCGAAUAUUCUCAAAAGAAAAAAAAACGCGUUGAAGAAAGGGGAUGCGGUCGUGAAAUAUAAUGUUUCGCUGGAUACAAAAAUUGUACAUCGUCGCGUAUAAAACAGAGGCCUCGAUCCGAGUGUCUCUUUACCCGUAUAAAAAUUUCAGUAGAGAAUGUGUGCGGAAAAAAAACACGUUUCUGUUUUUUUUCAAAACAGAAGGUCUCUUUCGGGGGAAGAAGGCCGGGAACGAAUUCUCACGAACUUUCAGCACGGAUGAGUCGAGGGACAGGCGAUACACUUUGUUGUUUCGAGCGCCACUACUAAAAGCGAACGACCCUGAAAACAACGCAGCGUGCGUGUGUGUGGAAGAUUAUUCGCAAAAUCGCGUCUCGGCUCACAGUAUGGCGCGGAUACAAUCACUAACGAGAGUGCCUGCGCAACGGAGCUGUAAGGAUCGCGCGAUAUCUAUCGAAUUAGUGAUGAGCAACGGUGUCUUGAUCGGUGAACUCGAACGAAGUCGUCGAAACGGCGAACGUACGCUCGACAUGUCCCAUGUGUUCGUGUCUGGCGGGGCGGGAGGGCAGGGGAGAUAAAAAAGAGACAAGUGAAAAUGAAAGAAACGAGACGGGGAAGACAAAAUGUGACAAAAAAAAAAAUCAACGCUUUGGUGUGCAUGCAGAUACAUGUCCGCGUAAUCGUUAAUCGCAAUCGUUUCCCGGGAUCAAGUGACGCGCUAGUUUCUCUUUCUUUCCUUCAUUCCUGUUCUCCGCCUAUGUAAUCGUUAUAAAUAGCCGCCUAAUUUUACAGCGUAAUAAUUCUAAAAUAAAUAUCUAUCACAAAAGGCUGGUCUAAUAUAGAGGUGGCUUUUGCGCAUUGUCGUAGUGUAAUGUUGCGCGUGGGCGCGACGGCUGCGUUCGAGAAGGCGUACGUGCGCACCCAACGACGAGCGACAAGUGUUCCCAGAUGGAGGGACAAGUCCGUCCGACCCUUGAACGCAUGCGCCAAUUGCGUCUCACAUGACCAGUUUUAGUAAUGCUUAGAUGCAACCAUAGGGAUGUUCAUGUGGACCCACAAAAAUUUUUGAAUUACACAUAUCAUUAAUAUGUAUCCGUUGAAUUCUAUGAUAUACUGGAAUACUAGGUGCCAUGUUAAGAGGCCGGGUUACGCCAAGGCAAAAGGAUAGAUAGUAAAGUACUAUUCCUUUCUCUAGUGACUUUUGAUUGGUUGACAAUUUUCUACGAUCUUUUCUACAGACAUCCAAAUGACACUGGAUGGACUCGACAUGGAACUUGCUUUUCUAACAUCUUUCCUUAUGAUUUUAUCCAACGUUAAAUUUUACGACCGUUCAUUGAUUGUUCGAGUAAAAGAAAAGUGUUCGGACAUUUUACAAGUACGUUGAAUCGAUCACUUUGUAUGUCUAUAUCAAGAAUUUCUCGGCAUGUGUUUUUCUCGCUUCCGACGUCAUGAAACAAGGACAGUUGCAGCGAAGGACCAGGAGCCUUAGCCGUCGUAAAUUGUAGGUCCCAUAUGCUUGUGUAUAAUCAGCAUGCGUACACCACAGGCAUAUAAGAAAGGUCACCAUGCCUGGCCACAGAUAAUAAGACUGAAGAGAAGAAAAGGAUACAGCUGAUACUUCUCUGUCUCGCUUCCCCUUUUUCUUCCUAUGGCACCUAGCAUUCCAGUGUAACAUAGAAUUCGAUGUAUCUCAUAUAUCAAAAGUCGUCUUGUAAAUAUUAAAUUAUUUUAAAAUUGUUA